AUGUCAGUGACCCUCCAUACAGAUCUGGGCGAUAUCAAGCUCGAGAUAUUCUGCGAGUCGACGCCGUUGGCAGCAGAGAACUUCUUGGCGUUAUGUGCGAGUGACUACUAUAACGGAUGUCUGAUACACCGUAACAUCAAGGGAUUCAUGGUACAGAUGGGCGACCCAACCGGCACCGGAAAAGGCGGCUCCAGCAUCUAUCCCACCCAAACCUUCCCCGACGAAAUCCGCCCAACCCUCCGACACAACACCCGCGGCAUCCUCUCCAUGGCAAACGCCAACAAACCCAACACAAACAAAUCUCAAUUUUUCAUAACGUAUGAUAAACACCCCCAUCUUGACGGGAAGUACACGGUAUUUGGGAAGGUGAUUGAUGGGUGGGAGACGUUGGAUCGGUUGGAGGGGUGUGAGGUUGAUGGAAAGUAUCGUCCGUUACCUGGGAAGGAAGUUAGACUGAAGGAUGUGACGAUUCACGCGAAUCCGUUGGCGGAGCAGUGAAGGGGCUGCCGCCGUAAGGAUCGAUGGGGAUGCAUGGAAUAGAACACGGGAGGUACCAGGGUGGCGUGCACGUUUGAUGCCCCGAUGAAGCUUUGGG